GCCCCUCCUUGUCCUCCCAUGCCUAAGAAGAAGUCCAAGGCUUCCCGCCAGUCGCGUGCAGUGCCCCAGCCCAAAUCUUCAUUGUCCCAGAGCCCCAUGCCCGACCCUUUCGCUCUCGACAAGAUGCUUGAUGCAUUUACUGAAGAACAAUGGCGGGAACUCAUACCAGAAGUCGUUGACGAAAAUGCACUCAAUCCUAACUUCGAGACGCCCGAUCGCACUCGCGGACAUGGGUGUAUCAUCAACUUCCGCGAUGCACCAUUCAUCGCUGUCCUCUGGACAAACCCCCGAGCACAGGAUGAAGGAGUAUGGCUUUGCCACUAUGCUUACGAUGGAAAGCCCACCGAGCCUGUUUCUCUGCGCGAGAUGUACUUGAAGGAUUGGCACCCAGCAUAUUACGAUGAGGAUCUCCAGUGGACGUCUGAUGCUUCCUUGGGCAAGGUUCCCCAUGAAUCAUGGAAAACUUUUCCUGUCUCGUGUGGCACUGUUCUUGCCCUCGAGCACCAAAACAAACUAUAUUUCGGUCGGUCUGUGGUUCCAGCAGCCUUGAUGAACCCACGCUUUUCUCCUUUGUGCGUUUUCGACCAGGUCCCCACUCCCUUUCCCCCUGACAUGUAA